CUCAGUUUGUUUCUGGCAGCCAACCGGGCGGGUUCCUCUCCACUCUUAUCGCUGCUGCUGCUGCUGCUGUUGUGCCACAAACAAUUCUUCUGCGGGGGAGAACCGAGUGCAGAGAGCAAAUAUUUUGUGUGGAAAGAACAUACACAUAGGCUGGCAUUAAAAUCAAAUCAGUUGUGUUACGUGCUGGCCGCAAGGCAAUAAAGAUACGCAGAUACAGAUACCGAAUACAGAUACUCCAGGACACACACCCAUUAUGACUGUUACCUGUGAGAUCGAGUUCGAUAACAAUCCCCAUGGAACGUAUUUCGGGGGCCAAGUUCUAACGGGCAGGGUAACUCUCAAAUUGGACAAAGUGAAGCUGGUGAAAGCCGUCACAUUGAAUAUAAAUGGAUAUUCGGAGACGCGUUGGCGCGAGAGGAGGGGAGGCAAUUCGAGGGAUCGCAAGGCACGACGCACGUUCUAUGGUCGUGAGGAUUAUAUAGCAUCCAAAACGUUUCUUGUGGGCUCCAAUUUAAGCAGCCAAUGCUCCAUUGAACCGGGCGUACAUGUCUACAACUUUGCCUGUCAGAUACCCACAGAGUGUCCCUCCUCCUUUGAGGGCACGCAUGGACGAGUGCGCUACAUGACGAAUGUCACGCUGGUUAGGCCAUGGAAAUUCGAUCAGAACUACACGCGUUGCUUCACUGUACUCAAAGUGAUGGACCUGAACUUUGACAGUCCCCUGCUGAGGGUGCCCGCACACAGUGAGACCUCGAAGACCUACUGGUGCUGGCCCUGCACCUCGGAUCCGCUGGCCCUGCAGCUGACUCUGCCGCAGACAGGCUUUGUGCCCGGCCAGAGUGUGCCCCUGAGCGUGCUGGUGACCAACGACAGCCACAUUCCAGUGGAGCAGCUGAUGCUCACCCUCGUCAUGUUGGUCACGUAUCACAGCAAGCCGCCAUCGAUGCCGAACUCCACUUCCGAGCGGUACAUCCUGACCACCGUCAAGGGAGAUCCCGUGCCAAGGAACUGCAAGAAGCUGUUCAACUAUGAGCUGAGGGUUCCUGCCACGCCGCCGACGUGCUUCAAUCUGUGCGGCCUCAUACAGAUCGCCUACCAGGUGGAGGUGCAGGCCAAGGUCAAGGGUUGCCACACCGACGAGCAGGUGAGCGUGCCACUGACCAUUGGCAGUGUGCCCCUGUCGCAGCACGUUCACAUUCAGCCACGCGGCCUGCCACAGCAGCCACUUGAUGUUCAGGGAUUGGCCUCAGCUCCGCCAGCAAAUCCCGCCAGUCCCUGGGCUGUGGAUGAGGAUAUACCUCCUCCCAACUAUCAGGAGGCCAUCCAUAUGCGAUCUGCUGCCUCUACCGGCAACACAAACGACACAGACGACGAUCCAGAGCCAGUACAACCAAAUACUCUCAAUCCCGAUGGCAGCGUCUACCAGCCGCUCUAUCCGGUCUUCGAUAUACCCAGUCCCACGGCUCCAGCCCCAUCCGAUUGGACGCAGAACUAUAUGGCCGAAAGGGCAUUUGUGAAUCCAGCUGCGGAUGCGGACAAGGAUAAGGGGACUUGGCUUUGAAAAGGGAACAACGAAACUAAGAGAAAGCGACGCAUUAAAAGUAUAAAUUAAAUAAUUUGUAUAUGCAGCGAACUAUGUA